UAGAGCCGGCGGCAGAGCAGUGGAGCUUAAAGCGCCUGUAACCUGACCUUUAACCUGUGUCAGUGGGUGACGGUGCGGCAUUAUGAAGGGAUUCCUAGUUUUUCAAAGCUGCUGAAAGGAAAGCGUCCCCUCUCCCCGCUCCCAGCCGGACCGGUGACUUGUUGGCGGCUACGAGGUUCUUAUGGCAAUCAGAUGGACCGGCUUCUGGCUGAAGGACCUCCGAGUCAGAGCUAGGCCGGAGCCACAGCAAAAGGCGAAGGCACCAGUGCCGCACCGUCAACUCAGUGUACAGCCAAACCAUGCUAGACUAAAUAGUUUGAAGAAGUUGUUGAAUAACAAUGAGGAUCCUGAAUUUAUACCUGUAGAGAUGGAUGGACAGCAGUUUUGCUGAUUUAACUGUCUAGGGAUCCACAACUCCUCAUUGGCAAUUGCCCUGACAAUGUUAAUAGUGCUCAACUCCAUUCAGGGAAAUUAUCAACGGACUGAAAUAAACCCAAGAAUGUUGAAAGAUAUAAAUCAGAAAUAUUUAGAUGAAUUUCAUCAAUAAGAGCAGCAAUAAAACUGCACCAGAGAGGAAUAUACGUGCUUCAGCAGUGGACUCCCAUCAUCGCUCAAGGACCAAUGGCUGGAGUUGGCCCCUGCAUCCGUAUCAGAUAAUGUGUUGGAUAGUCUACCUCUACUUUGUCAUUGUUGUUUUUGGCAUACUUAUUCCUCUUCUUCCAUCUCACUGGGUACCUGCUGGCUACAUUUGGCUUGGUGUUAUGUUUACUUGCCACCUGUUUGUUCAUUUGACUUCAGCCAGCAUCGACCCAGCUGAUAAAAACGUUCGAGCCAAGCACUAUAAUAGGCCAAUUCCAGUGUUUGACCGCAGCAAACAUAAACACGUUAUUGAAAAUCAUCACUGCUACCUUUGUGAAGUUGAUGUAGGUUUGAAGUCCAAGCACUGCAGUCAGUGUAACAAGUGUGUAGCUGCAUUUGAUCACCAUUGUAAAUGGCUCAACAAUUGUGUAGGGGGCAGGAAUUACUGGCAUUUCCUGAAUUGUGUUAUCUCUGCUGUCCUUGGUAUCCUGGUGAUUGUCUGCAUCGCAUCCUUUGUGUUUAUUGGGUACUUUGUUGAUGCAGAUAUGCUUCGCACCAACCAGAAAUUUGAAACUAUAAACGAUACGGAUACCUGGUUUGCAUUUCUGCCCCAUGCUGCUGUUCAUACAACUGCUACUGUCAUUCUUAUUGUGUCUGCGAUGACUGUUCUGCUAGGUCUGAUUUCAGUGUCACUUUUGGGUCAACUUCUGUGCUUCCACAUCUACCUCUUGUGGAACCGGCUUAGCACUUAUGAAUACAUUGUGCGCCAGCGUUACCGGCGAGGAUCCAAGGUCUCGCCCAAGAACCCAAAGGCACAGGAAUCUCCAUCGAAAUCCAAUCAGAAUUUUGGAAGUGCAGGAUCUCUUGGAUACACAAAUAAUGGAAUUCAGUUCGAAGGCACCUCAUUAACAGUGUCAUUGACAAAGGAAGUAUCUGAGCAUUAUCAGAAUGGUGACGUGAAAUUGUCCAGUAGUAAGCUGCAGGAUGAUUCUUUGCCUACAAUUUCUUCUCAUCUUCAGCGAGCCAAGAAAAAGAAGAGAGUACACAAAGUACCUGCAGACGUAAUUAAUGACAAGUCAUCAACCAGUGCCAUUAAACUACCAUCUGUUCCUCCUCUAUCAGAAUCAGAUCUUGCUGCUGCUUUCCAGAGUUCAAUGAUCCCUACCACAGCUUUCCCAUCAAAGGCUACUCUACCUCCCUUAAUGUUAAAUGGCAUUAACCACGUGCAGGCCGCAGGCCCUCCAGCUGAGUAUCACUCUGAUUCUGCAGAGUCCAUGGAUGAAAUCCCAGUGAUCCAGACAAGACUUGGCAGUGCAGCAAUGGUUGACUACACCAACACAAUCCUUCACAGCACAAUGGGCAACUUUGGAAAUUCCCUUCAGAGUCUGAUUCCCAAACCACAGCAACAUGGUGAAGGACCAAAGCCAUUUUCUCCAGUGCACCCAAAUAUUAAGAAGAACUCUAAAAAGUUUGCAAGCUUGGAUCCAAAAAUUGAAUUGGUUCAGAAGGUUCCACCUGUGUAUGUUAGUCACAGCAGUGGCGAAUUUCCACUACCAGAACUAUUGCAAAGUCCUAGAGCUAAAAUGGACCAUUCUGAGUCUGGAAAACGGAAGCUGUCCAGUAAAAAGUACCCAGAUUUGCCUGUGUUCUUCCUCCAUACCAGGGAUAACUUAGACACAAGAAUAAACACAACAUCGGCAUGACUUUUAGGACCUAAUUUUAAUAACUGAAAUGCUCAAUUGCUUUCAACCCAUAAGUAUUAGAACUGGGCUCCUAGCCAUCAUCCAGUUUUGGGGUACGAAGAAAGUGAGCCGGCUGGCAGCCAUGACAAGUGGCACGUGAUGCUACUUGUCUCUAUCUAGAGAUCAUCCAUUGUGGCCUAACCUUUGGCACAUUAUUGGGAUUAGAACAUUUUAAUCAGUAAUUUUUCCUUUUUAGUAUAUAUAUAAAUAUAUAUAUAAAUAUAUAUAUAUAAAUGAGGGUUGAUAUCUGUGAAAAUAUCCCUCUUACAGAGGUUUUAGUAUAUUUUUGUUUUGUUAUUUUUAUAUGAAUUCUUUUUGGCACUAAAUAUAAAUCAAUGUAAAUCAUUAGGCCAAUCCAGAAAUGAAACUACGUUUCUCAGGGACAGUUUCAAUGCUAUGUUUUGGACAUAUAACAUCAACUUUUUAAAAGCUCUGGCUACCAUCCAAUUUAUGUAACUUUGUGUGAUGGGAGGCUGUAACAAUCCGGAAAACUUUAUAGACUUGUCAUUUAAUGGAGAUCCUUUAAAUAGAUUUCAUGGAAACAUAGCAUUUGCUUUGUGUGGCCUUAAAAUUCUUUUACAGGUAGUCUGACAUUAACCUUUUAUUGUGUCUAGUUUGUUAAAAUGUUGCUCAAUGGUUUAUCCUCUUAAGUGCUAAUUACCCCAUAGAUGUAAUUCCUGUUUAACCUUUUCAAGACUACAGUACUAUUCCUGUACUGAAAUAAAACAUUUUAAGUUA